AUGGGGCUGUCGUAUAGGCCCCUGGUCUCGGUCUCUGUGGUGACUCUGCUGGGCUGGUGCUGGUACAGCUUCAGAAGGAGGAGGACAGCUCAUCUCCUCACUGAAGAGGAGGUGUGUUUUCUGGAGGAAAAAAGCUUGGUUUCCUGCUCCCCUGCUGGCUCCAAAAGUAACCUACAGAUGGACCACAGCUUGUCAGGAUCGGACACAAGUAACUUCACAGAUAUAGCAAAAACAAACAACCGUGGCCUCCCGGCAGCGCCCCGCCUCACCAAGGGUGUUCGACCUGAUCCGGAAGGAGAGGUUUCCAUUCGAUCACGGAAUGAAAAGACCAUCAUUUCCACAGAAGACCUUCCACACUGUGGAGAAGCCGGUGAAGAUGACUCUGGUCUUGAAUCUGAUCCUGUCUCUCUUUCUGCAAGCUGCCUUUCCAUCUCAACGGGACAACAAUCAGAUCCUGUUAGCUCGGACAGUCAUGAACGCGGCAACCUGUCUGAUGUUUCUCCUGACCAGGAGGACAAGGAGAAGAUCAAUUACAGUCCGUUCCAACAGGUUAUAGCUGAAGCGAAAUGUGAGCUUGAUUGUGCUUUGAGACCUCAGGAAGAUCUGUUUCAGCGACAAAACUUCAACCAAGACAGCAGUGACGACAGCAGCAAAAACCCUCGGCAGACAAUCGGCUUCUUCAGGGAAAGAACACAAAGUCAUUUUGGAUCUUCUGUUGGGAAUGAAUCUGGAUGCGGUUCCAGCAUUUCAGAGGACGUGCGUGCCGACAGGCUGCCCAGCGAGCUGUCUGAAGAGGGGCAGGGUUUUUUGAUAACCCCCAGGGGUGCUGAAAACAAAAUGAUUCCCAGCAUUUGUGAAGCGGCGGACAGAGUAGAUGAAGCAUGCAGAGAAUUGGUUGUUGAAAGUUUCAAUUGUGUAAGUGCCGAAGCUUUGGUGAAAAGCAGUGGCUCAGCUCCGCCUCCAGACCCACCCAUCAUUUUGUGGGAUGUAGAGGUGCCUGCGCACCUGGUUGGUCGAUUGAUCGGAAAGCAGGGGAAGUUUGUCAACUUUCUGAAGCAGAGCUCUGGAGCGAAGAUCUACAUCUCAACACUGCCUUUCACUCAAGACUUUCAGAUUUGUCACAUCCAGGGGUCACAGCCGCAAGUGGACGACGCUCUCGUGCUCAUCCAGAAAAAGUUCAAAGAUCUAGAUCUGAGUCAUUGCAUCCCACUGCCCUGCCUGCCAGUUACGUCCUGGCUGCUGCUACCUCAGGACGUGUUUGUGGAGGUGAUCGUGUCGCGGGUGGAGGCUGGUUAUCAUCUGUUCGUCCAUCAGUACAAUCAUCCGUCAUAUCAGGCCCUGCCCACCCUCAUGGAGCACAUGAAUUUUUGCUACUCUCAGCCCGGAUGUCCGGGCCUGCCCAAGCCUGUGGAAGUGGGGGUGGUCUGUGCCGCUCCAGUGACAGGAAGUGGCUGGCAGAGAGCCCAGGUCAUCCAGUACGACGAAGAGUCCGACACGGCUCAUAUCAGAAAUGUAGAUAACGGAGGUUAUGAUGCUGUAAACAGCUCCACCCUGAGGCAGAUCAGAUCGGACUUUGUGACUUUACCAUUCCAGUCAGCGGAGGUUUUGUUGGAUAAUAUCGCACCUUUGCCAGGAGAGGUUGAGUUUUCUCUGGAGGCCAAAACAGCACUGGAGGAAAUAACUGUGAACACAGCCUUGAUUCUGAAGGUGACAGGCAGUCAGGACGGCCUUCCCCUGGUGCACAUGUGGAAACAGAUGGUAGAUGAGGUUGUUUUGGUGAACAAAUUACUGGCCGAUCGAGGGGUUUGCACCUGGUUAGACGCACAAUAAACUCACAUUUUUUCUCUUAUCUUCUCACUUCUUUAAUCUCUGUAUGCAGAGUAAAUCAUUUAAUUUAUAUGUCUGUAAGAUUUGUAUAUUUAUUUGUUGCAUGCUGCAUUUGUUGGCGAUUAAUUUAAGACCUGAUUUUUUUAUUUAUAUUUAGUCCAUAUUUAAUUUUUUGUGCUUUUGUUAUUUAAAAAAUAUUGUACUUUUGAGUCUAUUGAGCAAUCUAAAUGAUACGUUAAAACGAAGCAUAUUAAGUGAGGGAUUAAGAGAUGACACAAGAUUUCAAUUUCUUUGUGUUCUUUCUUGACUUGAAUGUGUGUUUUGCUCAGGUAUUUGUUAUUGAAGCUUAUUUACACAAGACAUUUGUCUUGCAGAUUGAAGCAUAUUUGUUUAUUUCUCUUGGUUUGUGUACUUUGUUUACUUUUCUUUUUCCUGUGAGAUAAGGGUGGGGACGGUGUUGUACUCUGACUGUGAAACUCAAAGAACUCCAGCAGUGAAGAACUGUUGUGUUUGAGCACUAUAAAACCCUGUUCAAAUCAACUUUGCAGUUUAGUGCUUUGUACUCCCACAGUGAAG